AUGGACGACCCGCCGCCGCCAAAGCGCAAGCUCCACUUCCGCCAGGAACCCAAGAAGAAGCCCAAGACGGACCCGGGCAGCGCCGCCCUCAAGACGGGCUUCGGCGCCAAGAUGAUGGCCAAGAUGGGCUACCGCGGCACCGGCGGCCUGGGGAAGGCGGGCGACGGCAUCGCAGAGCCCAUCCAGGUCGUCCUGCGCGGCAGCAAGGGCGGCGUCGGCAUCGUGCCCGAGAAGAGCGAGCAGCAGAAGCGCGAGGAGCGCAGAAAGGCAGCCGCCAACGGCGAGCACCCUCUCGACUCGGACGACGAGGAGCAUCGCGAGCGCAGGGAGAAAGCAAACGCGCCGCGCAAAGCCCGCACCGCCGCCCCGCGGCCCAAGAAGACGCUGUUCGAGCUCGAGGCCGCCGGCAUGCACGUGCCCCCCGCCCUGCAGUCCAUCGUCGACGCAACCACCGGCGCCUCCACCCCGACCUCGGCCGUCUCCCUGCGCCCCAGCGACGUCGUGCCCUUUGAGAACUCGCUGCAGGCCCGCGUGCGCCGCGACCUCCACCGCUUCUCCGACGCCUUCGAGGAGCUGCAGAUCGAGUCCAGCGCCAUCGCCCCGCAGGAACAGGCCCUGGAGCAGGAGCUCGACCUGCUCGAGCGCCACGUGCGCGAGAUCAGGGACCUCGCCGCACGACUGCAGGCCAUGCGCGCCGCCACCUUCACCGACGUCUGCAGCGGCCUGCGGGACCUGCGCGCCGCCUACCCGUCCAAGCCCCUCCACCGCGAGUCCAUUGCCCUCCUCCACCCGCACUUCUCCCACAUGGUCGCCUCCUGGUCGCCGCUCGACAACGCGCUCGAAGAAGCAGCCGCCGCCUUCUCACUCCUCUCCAACGUCAUACAGCCGCGCAGCAGGAGCUUCGCCUCGCCCGCCUACACCCACCCCUCCGAUGCCGUGCUCGCACCCACACGCCUAGACGACGAGCCGCCCAUCAAGCGCGGCACCACCUCGUCGUACGAGUCCAUGAUGCUCAAGCUCUGGCUGCCCUCGGUCAGCUCCGCCCUCACCCACUGGGACGUCAAGGACCCCCGCCCCAUGGUCCACCUGAUCGACGUCUGGCGGCCCGUGCUGCCACCUUUUGUCGCCAAGCGGGUGCUUGAACAAAUCACGCGAAAGCUCUCGACCUCGGUCCACGAGUGGAAUCCACGCAAGUUCAGGAGGAGCCCGCACACCUGGAUCCUCGAGUGGCUGCCCUACCUCCGCCCCGCCGAUCUGGACCCCAAGGGCUCGGGCCUGGUGGCCGAGAUCAAGCGCAAGCUGCGGCUCGCGCUGCAGUACACGGAUCUGUCCCGCGGGCCCUUGUCCGGCAUGGAGCAGUGGAGCAAGGUCUUUGGCAAGGCCGAGAUCGACCGCAUGCUCACCAACCACCUGGUACCGCGCUUUGCCCUCUACCUGCGCGACCACUUCGAGGUCAACCCGCUGGAUCAGGACGUGGCCCCGCUCGGCGCUGUCCUGGCUUGGAGGGGGCUCCUCUCCCACCAGACGCUCGGGGAGCUGCUCAAAGCCCACUUCUUCCCCAAGUUCAUGGACACCCUGCACGAAUGGCUGUCGACCGAAGGCUUCGUCUUCAACGAGGUCGGAGAGUGGAUCGCCUGGUGGCGCGAGAUGCUGGGAGACGACAUCAACGCGCUACCCUCCGUGUCGUCGUGCUGGGAAGCAGCGGACACGCUCAUCGGCCAGGCCUCGGAGCUCGGAGAGGCCAGGCUGACAGACCUGCCUGCGCCACGCACAGAAAGCGCCCAAGCCGCGCCCGAGCGGCCCGAGCGGCCCCAGUCCAUCCACGCAGAGCCCCCUCGGCCCGCAGCGCCGCCGGAAGAGACGCCCUUCAGGGACCUGGCGGAAGAGUUCUGCAGCGAGGAGAACCUCCUGAUGAUGCCCCUUCGCGAAGCCCACGCCGCCACGGGUCUCCCGCUGUUCAGAAUCACAGCCAGCGCCACGGGACGCGGCGGCGCAGUCGCCUACUUCCAAGGCGACAUUCUGUGGGUGCAGAACAAGAAGGACAAGGCGCUCUGGGAGCCCACGGGGCUGGACGAAACCCUCAUUGCAAAAGCCGAAGGCAAAUAA